GAUCCAGACGGUUCGACAGGACGCAAGAGGAAGAGGAAAAAAAAAAAAAAAACUACAUGACGGCUCCUGUAUUUCACUGUGCGAAAGACUUAGCGACAAGGAGCUUCUUACUUUUCCUUUAACGCUCCUGUUUGGUUCGUUUUCUCUCCAGACAGUAAAGGGUAAACCCAUGCCUUCAUUUUCCAAAACCAUUGGCUAAUUUGACCUGAGACACCAACAAAGUUGAACAGAUAACACUGUUCCCCAGGUUCAGGUCAGCCCACAGAGAAACAGGGCAGACCUGCACUAUGAAUCACUCAUGAACAGCAUUCUCAAGUGGAAUGGACAGCAAAUAUUCAGCCCAAUACUUUACAUAAUGGUGAUUUAUAACUGAGAUCCUGCCGCCAUGGAGUUGUUCAAGUUUGUGACAGUGACACUGUUCACGUUUCUGAUUCCGCCCGACAUCUCGGUGAGAGGAAGCCCCUGCGCUGAGAUCCGGGUCCAGGCACCGGUGGCAGUUUUGGGGUCCCCCUUCAGCGCCUCCUGCUUCGUCCCCGAGGGCUGCCCCCUGGUGGAGGGGCGGAGCUUCCGCAUUGAGUGGCGGCUGAACGAGCGAGUUGUCGCGGCCAAUCAGAGCGGCCGGGUCUCCACGGUGACGGUCGGGAGCUUCUCGGACGUGGAGGCCGCCCUGGUGUGCUGCGUGUGCUGGGAGGAGGCGGGCUGCCUCACCGCCGAUGGGGUGACCAUCAGGGGGGGGCACCCACCGUCUGCCCCACAGAACCUGACCUGUUUGACCAAUCUCACCGGGCCCCUCACCUUCACCUGCACGUGGGACCCAGGGAGAGAAACACACCUCCCAACGAACUACACCCUACACACGGAGAUAAGCCUUUCCGAACCGGAGCGCCGAGCCUAUCCGCAGCCCUUGGGCCGGCACGCCUGCACUAUUCCUCGCGGUGGAUUCACGCUCUACAAAGAAAUGACCAUAUCUGUGAUGGCCCAGAAUGCUUUGGGCCGGGUCUCCUCAGAACCCCUGUCCCUGGACCCCAUGGACUCAGUGAAAUUCGACCCCCCGGUGCUGCUGGGGGUCAAGACGGAGCCCCUUGCGUUCGGCUGUCUCAGCCUGCAGUGGAGCCUCUCCAAACAGCAGCAGUGGGUGACAGAGAACCUGCUGGUCCAGGUCCGCUUCCAGAUGGCCGACAGCGACACGUGGACUGGUGAAAUGAAGGACAGUCCCGGGGGUGACGGGCGUGAGGCGCUGCAGCUGUGCGGUCUGCUCCACGGGACGGACUACCGCGUGCGGAUGAGGGUGCGGCGCGUUCCGGGCCCCUGGAGCGAGUGGGGCAACAGCGGGACGGGGGCCACCCUGGAGAGAGCUCCGACUGGCAAGUUGAGCGUGUGGCUGAAAGUGGUGGCCGAGUCGCAGACACAUACUUAUGUACAGAUCUUCUGGAAGCCGGGGAGCUGGUUCCGGGCCAAUGGGAAGAACGUGUCUCUGGAGGUGUCCCUGCCGAUUGGCCAGCGGGGACAAGGGCGGGCCACGGUGUGCAGGACGCAACAGCGCCACUGUGAGGCCGCUCUGCCACAGGGCAUGCGGAGCGUUACCGUCCGAGCGAUCAACUCUGCAGGAGGGUCCAGCGCCUCCAGAGUGCAGGUGUACCAACACAGGGGAAUGGAGUCUGUCUCUGACAUCACCGUGUCCUCUGUGGGGGACACUAGUCUGCGGGUCUCCUGGACGCCGGCGCCCGUCGCCGUGGGAUACGUGUUGGAGUGGGGCCCCGAGCUGCAGGGGGACCUCCGCUUCCUGUCCUUCCAGCUGCUGGGCCCCAACCAGACCACCGCUCUGAUCUCAGACGGGAUCGAGCCUCACACGCCCUACUGGAUCUCCGUCUACGCCCGGUACAGAAACGGGAUUGGCGUCCCGGUCAUGGCGGAAGGCUACUCCCAACAGAAAGCUCCCUCCAUGGCCCCCAGUGUGCGGGUGGGGGAGAUCCACCACACCUGGGCCCGGCUCGCCUGGGAGCCCAUCCCGCUGCGGGAGAGGAACGGAAUCAUCCAGAACUACACCGUCUACUACUGGGACGAUCCCGGAAGGACCAGAGCUGUUACCAUCAGGCCAACGGAGACGGGCGUGACUCUGUCCAACCUGAGGCCCGAGUCCAAUUACAAGGCCUUUAUUUCGGCGAGCACGGAGGGGGGCGCCGUGAACGGGACCGUCGUCACCCUAAAGACAGCCGUGGCAGACGCCUGGGGGGACGUGAUCACCGUGGUGCCCGCCUGCGUCGGCCUGAUGCUGUUCUUCAUCCUCAUCAUGCUGGCCUGUCUCAGCAAGCAGGACAGGAUAAAGAUGCGUUUCUGGCCGAUGAUUCCCGAUCCUGCUAACAGCAGCAUAAAGGACUGGACCGAGGGAGACACACUCCCGGAGUACCCGGCCUUCCCGAGCAUGAAGGACAUGCAGGAGCCGGUCCCGGUGAAGCUGUCCUGGUUCAGCCUGCUGGACGUGCCCGAGGGGCCGCCGGAGAAGGGCGCGGAGGGCCCCACCAUGGACGACCUCUGGCUGCAGGACCCCGACCCCAGGGGCCCCGCGGAGCCGCCCCGGGACCCCGCCCGCGACAGCGAGGCCGUCAGGGAGGCCGUCCCGUACGCCACCGUGGUGUUCGCCAACCCCUACCUGAGCCAGGAGAGGCCCCCGCCCGCCUCGACCUACCUGCGCUCCGACUCCACCCAGCCCCUCCUGGGGGAGGAGUCGCCCAGCCCCAGGGCCUAUCAGAACUUCCACUUCCCGGAGGAGGAGGGCGGGGCGCGGGAGAGUACGGGGAGCCAGGGAGGGAGUGGUGCAUUCUGGGAGGAGUUUCCCCUUCUCAGUGUUCUGAACGUGCAAGGGCCUCAACGUGAGGCCUGAAUACCUGAAUAAAUAAGAAUUAUAACAAAUAAUACAAAUCAUUUGUCAUUUAGCUGACGCUUUUAUAUCCAGAGCAACGUACAGUUGAUUAGACUAAGCAGAUUAAAAUCCCCCCUGGAGCUGUGUGGGGUUUUGGGCUUUGCUCAAGGGCCCAACGGCUGUGUGGAUCUUACUGUGGGGUGGAAACCACAGACCUUGUCCCAGUCAUGUACCUUAGCCACUAGGCUACAGGCUGCCCCAUUUGACUAAAAUUUACUAUUUUUUCCAGGCUGGCUUUCAAAUGUGUCUUUGUAGCCAGUCAGAAGUGUUGAUCUGUGAGUGAGGGAGCCACUGUCAGUCAAAACUGAGUGGCUGUGUUCGCAACUGCAUACUAGCACAGUACUCAGUACUACAUUUUCAGGCUCAUUUUCGCUGAAAUGUAGUACGGGUGGUAUGCGGAGUAUUCGGCUUCAAACACAGCCAGUCACAUUAACGUCGGGGGUUUCCCAACCGUCCUCCAAUCCUCCCCAGCUAGACCACUCCGGUCUGCUAGCUCUGGUCGCCUUAUGGUUCCCUCACUACGAGCACCUGGCGGUCGAGCUGCACGUUUCACGCCUGUUUUCCGUUCUGGUUCCUCAGUGGUGGAAUGACAGCAGAAUCCCUCCCCCUAUUUCGACACAGACUAAAAACACACCUUUUCAAACUGUACCUUAGUCCUACCUCCUGAUUACUAACCCCCCCCCCCCUUCCGAUAUCCCUAUCCCUCUUGUCUAACCCAAAAAAUAAUAAUUAUUGCACUUAUGAUGACUGUAUGUUUAGAACAGCACUUCAUGUGUAUUUUACUAGUUAUGGAUGUGAUGCUUUAACUUGUGGAAGAACCUAAGUCGCUUUGGAUUAAAAGCGUCUGCCAAAUGACUAAAAUGGUUCCAUCCAACCGUUUUGAUGUGAAAUUCCUGAAAUUAGAAAAAAAAUGAAAUGUCGCAAAAAGGUUUUCUUGGCCGAGGUGGAAUAGUCGUUGUAUUGAUAGAGAGAACAUUACAUUACAUUACAUUACAUUAUUGGCAUUUUGCAGACGCUCUUAUCCAGAGCGACGUACAGUUGAUUAGACGAAGCUGGAGACAAUCCUCCCCUGGAGCAAUGCAGGGUUAAGGGCCUUGCUCAAGGGCCCAACGGCUGUGCAGAUCUUAUUGUGGCUACGCUGGGGAUCAAACCACCGACCCCCCCCCCCCCAGAUCUCUGGCUGGCACCAGUCUUUUGAUGUUUUAUUUUGCCAACGUUUUUGGAAAUUCUCUUAACAUUUGGUUGGAAACUUAGAAGGGUCAGUAUUUACCAAACACAUUCAGUUCAGCAUUAGGACUUCAGUAUUCUACACCAGCUAUAAACUACAAACAAAAUAUAACAAAUAUAUCUAUAUUUUAGAAUUACCUCUAUAUAUUAUUUUUCAUUUUCAAACAUUUUAAAAUAUAAAAGUAUAUUUUCAUAUCUCUUACGUUUUUUUUGAAAAACAUACUGUAGUUGAAAGAAAUUCAAGAGGAUGCGAAAUAUUAGUUGCUAGAUACAGAAUAUUAUUUUUGUUUUAUUUUUUCUUACCAUUUAUGCCUAAAUAUAUGUAUGAUUAUGUAUGAGUCAGUUGCUCCUUAUGGGACAAAGCUGUUGUGCGUUUCAUUUAAUUCUUCUGUUUUACUUCGCCGUGUGUUUUUUGUUGGCAUACAUUAAUAAAAUCUCACUUAUUAGUUUCACUUUUAAAAUAAAAUGUAUAAUGUG